AUGCCUAUAGACGAAGAAACUGGUCUAAAAAGAGAUUUGAAGCCACGUCAUUUAGCAAUGAUUUCAAUAGGUGGAACCAUUGGUCAAGGAUUAUUCUUAUCUUCAGGAGCUAAUCUAAGCAAAGCAGGACCAGCUGGCUUGUUGAUAGCAUACAUGAUGAUUGGGACAGUGGCUUAUUUUGUUGCUUUACAAUUGGGAGAAAUGAGUGCGUAUAUACCAAUCUCAGGUUCAUUUACCGUUUAUUGCCGACGGUUCGUACAUAAAUCAUUUGGAAAUGCUGUGGGUUAUAACUAUGUUUUUUGUUGGUCAAUCAUUGUUGCAGUGGAACUAACAGCGAUACCUUUGGUAAUGAAGUUUUGGACAAACGUUGUUCCUGAUUGGGCAUGGUCUGCAAUCUUUUUAGUGGUGAUGUUCCUUAUCAACUUGUUUGGCGCUAAAGCUUGGGGUGAAUCAGAAUAUUGGUUCACUCUGAUCAAGAUUCUUGCUGUUUUAUUGUUUGUCAUCGUUGGAUGUUUGACCUCUGGAGGUGUUCUUGGGGGUACUGUAUAUGGGUUCAAAUACUGGUCAGAUCCUGGUGCUUUUUCUAAUGGUGUUCUCGGUGUCAUCAAUGCACUUGUGUUAGCUGCCUUGACAAUGACUGGUGUUGAAAUCGUAGGUGUCAGUGCUGGUGAAUCAAAAAAUCCUGCAAAAUCUAUUCCAAGUGCUGUUCGAAAUGUCUUUUAUCGUAUUGUGUGUAUAUAUCUUGCCUCUGUAUUCGUUAUGGGAAUGGUGAUCCCAUAUAAUGAUCCUCACAAUUUUGCUACAGGUCAUCGUGAUGUCAGUAUUUCUCCCUUUACACUGGUGUUCCAAAAAGCUGGUCUUGAAGGAGCUGCUCAUGUAGUCAAUGCUGUUAUUCUCACAACUUUACUCUCUUGUGGUAAUAGUGGAAUGUAUGUCACUACAAGAACUCUUCAGGCACUUGCAAAGGAAGGCAUUGCACAUAGAAAACUAGCUUAUACUACAAAAUCUGGUGUCCCAAUUUAUGCUCUAUUUUGUACAUGUGCUGUUUCACUGGUCUGUUUCUUGACAUCAUUUAUUCCUGGUGAAGUACUUUUCCUGGUUCUUUCUGAUUUAGGUGGAAUUGCUGGUCUUAUUACCUGGGCAGCUAUCGCUAUAGCUCACUAUAGAUUCAGAAAAGCAUUUCUUACUCAAGGACAUCAACUUUCAGAACUUCCAUAUGUAGCAAUGGGUUAUCCUUUUGCUAACUUCUUUGUAGCUGUUGCCUGUGUUAUCAUUAUUAUUAUUUCUGGUUGGUCUUACUUUGUACCUGCAUCUCCUCAAGGGCUUGUCGGUAGUUACGGAGGACCGAUCAUCUUCAUUGGUGGAAUGGUGAUACACAAAUUUUGGACAAAAUCAAAUAUGGUACCAAUAGAUGAAGUAGAUGUGAUUAGUGGAGCAAGAAUGGAUUGGAAGGAAGAUAGUAUAUUAGCAUUAGACAGUAAGUCAUCUUUUUGGAAUAAACUUGUAUCUAUAUUUACUUGA